GGAGAAAAGGGACAUAGCUGCUGUCACAGGCCGGGGAGGCUGGAGGGAUCCGGCACGGGGUCAGGAUCCACCCAAGUCGGGGAGGCGCUGGCUGACACUUCCCGUCCAUGCCCAGGUGCCCAGCAGGCAUUUGCCACCGGCUCUGUGCCCACGAUGUCCUGCACGGAGGCCCAGCAACAGCUGCCACCCAUCUCCGCAGGAGCUACUGCCACCGCCACCGUGACUUCGGGGUCCACCGGAUGUCACCGUGGCUCCACAGAAGGCGACCUGGAGUGCCUGGUGUGUCGGGAGCCCUACAGCUGCGCCCGGUGCCCCAAGGUGCUGAGCUGCCAGCACACCUUCUGUGCCGUCUGCCUGAAGCUCCUGCUGUGCGUGCAGGACGACAGCUGGGUGGUCACCUGCCCGCUGUGUCGAAAGCCCACCACUGUCCCUGGAGGUCUCAUCUGCAGCCUGCGUGACCAGGAGACGGUGGUGGGGCAGUUGGCCCAGCCAUGCCUGGAAGUGCGGCUCUGUCCCCAGGGGCUGGCGGGUGCCACAACUUCAGAGGCAGGGCAUCACCCCAGCUUGGCAGGAGAAGAGGAGCAAGAUGCGGCAAGUGCCAACCGCGUGGCGGCCCGACGCCUGGCAGUGCACCUGCUCCUGCUGGUCCUGCUCAUCAUCCUCAUCCUGCCCUUCAUCUACCCAGGCGUCAUCCGGUGGGUGCUGGCCAUCAUUAUGGCCCUGGCCUUGCUGAUGUCCACCCUGUUCUGCUGUUACCCCCACAGCCAGGGCAGCCACUGGCCCUGCCCCAGGACUCUCCUCUGCAGAGAGCAGAAACAUAGCCAGAUUGCCUCCAUCGCCUGAGAGGCCCGGGCCCUGGCAGCCCUGGCAGCCCCUCUGCCUCUUGGGCCCCCUGACGUUCACUGCCAGCAGGGUAAGAGGCUACGAACCCUGGGAGAUGACUGCCAGCCGGACUUGCAUGUCAAAGCUAGGAUGGCCGACUCAGGUUAAGAACUCUGUGCUGGGACAGUGGGCUCACACCUGCCCUUGGUGUAGCGUGGCUAAACUGUUGGCGGGUGGGGAGGAGGCACCAACUGCUUGGAUGCCACAAAGCGGAGCUUCCCGUUGCUCUUACUCCAUGGUGCCUGGUUUCCUGUGUCACUUGAUGCAAGUACUGCAGUAUUGACCUCAGUGCAGAACAAACAGAAC